AUGUCUUAAGCAUAUCAAUAGAUGAAUGAUGAACACCCUAAUGAAAUCGAGAUUCCUGUUAUUAAACCGCCCAAUUAACAGGAUAACGUAGCUCAACAAAGCAACCAAGAAAAAGCUACAAAAGUGCAAAAAAAUAAGAAGAAGGUAGCUGAUUCAGAAUCAUCCUCCUCUUCGGAUGAUGACAAUAAACCCAUAGUUAAGAAAUCCGACUCUGGUGCUAAGAAGCAUGGGGAUAAAACGAAGUCUCUUUAGUUAUAAUAAAUGGAGUUAGAAGAACAUAACAAACAAGCACUAAAAUGGGCAAUCCGUCUAAGAUCCUUCAUUCGAAUUAUAUUUUUAAUCAUAACAACAACAGUUUUGUUUACAGGCUUCUAUGUAAUAUUCGAAUUCUUUGCCUUUUAUGACGGUAUUUAAAAAAUACCAGCAAACUCAAGAUUGACUAUGAAUGUUACAAAUUGCAGAAUGCAUAUUAUAGAUAGCGAAUACCAAAUCACUAAAUCAAUGUCCUCAAUCAAAUAUCUAGGUGCAAGCAUAACCACCUUAAAAAAGAGAAACUCACAUACCCAAAGUCUAAAUUAAACGACCUUAGAGGGACCAAAAUUAGGUGAUGCGAUUGAUGAAAGUUCAAGCUUACUCAUACCAGAUUUUGCACUUGAAUAUUCAAUCCCAGGAAGAUUCAAUAUCGAUCCAAAUGCAAACACUUCGACGAUCUCAGAAGAUAUUUAAGGUAGUAAUUAUAGUUACGAAUUUACUAACUUAUUGUCUGAAUAAAGUUGUUAAAUUGAUCUCCACGUCUACAAACAAGCAGUUCUUGAUGAUUUAUCAAUAAAUUGUUUUGGAUCUUGUUUUAUAGUGAUGAACUCCAACAAUAUAUCGUAUAACACAAUCAAUAUUACAGGAGAAUUAGUUGAGUUGAAUGCGGUAAAAUUAGUAACCAAGAAUUUGACCUUCAACAGUAUUUAAGGAAGAUUCUAAGGAAAUUAUUUAUAAUUUGAAUAGUUCUCUGAUGUUCGACUAGAAAAUGGCGAUAUCGUAUUUUAAACUGAUAAUGAAAUGAUGGUUAACUGGACUCAUGCCAAUCCACAUUAUUGUUAUGCAGCUCCAGUUAUUGCAAAUCCAAUUGUCGUUGGUUGUCAAGAGGCACCAGCAUCUGAAGUAAAGGCCUUUAUUCAAGGAGUUGGUACUGGAAAGAAGAAGAAGAAGAAGGAUGAAGACAAAGAUAAGGAUGAUGAUGAUAAAGAUAAAGAUAAGAAGGAUGAGAAAAAAGAAAAAAAAGAUAAAGGAGGCGAAACAGAGUUUUUAAGUUUAGAGGAUGAAAUUUAUGAAAGCUUUUUUGCUGAUGAACAUGAAAACUUAUAAGGAAACAUCAUCUUAUUACCAUUUGUAGAUACUUAUAAUGAUUCCAAACAAUUUCAAGUAGAAUUAGAUUCAAUCACUCACGAAGAAGAAAAAGCUGCUGCUGUUCCUAAAAAGGAUGCUGACCCCAAACAGGAUGAUAAAACUAAUCCCAAAGCCAAUAUGUAGAGUAAAACAAAAGAUGUAAAAGAAAAACAGGCUAUCCUAUUCCAACCAUCUUGUUUUGGUAAUUCAAUCUUCUGCUAAUCUUUGGAAUGCUAAAGUAUCAAAGAUGCCUUAAAAAAAACUAACAACACAAUUAAACCAACCAAUUCAACUGACUAAAAUCAAGGAAAACCUUCAGGAUCAUAAUUAAGAUUCUUGAAAGAAGGGGAUGAAAUAGCAAAGGAUGAUAAAAAUGAGACUGGCAAGGACGCCAACAAAACAGAAGCUAAAAUUGAUUACAAAGGAAUCUAUGCAGAAGCAUAAAAGAAAUUACCUCACACAGUACCAGCAGGUUUGAGAUUCUUAAACGUUACUGGAAGAUUUGGAAAUGUUUAUGUGAACAUUAUCAAAAGAUAAAAUAAGACUGUUACAACCAAGGAUACUGUUAUUCAUGGAUUAAGUUAUGCAUCAGGAAGUGUCGACUUUGAUUUACCUAGUUAAAAAACUCUUAGACAUUAUCUCAAAAUGGCUGAAGAUCCUCAUAACUUUGAUCCCAAUUUUGUCCUUAAGGUCGGAUCCAAAAUCACUAGAUCUGAUAAUUAUCAAUAAUGGUCAUUGACUUACAAUCCUGCUUACUCAUAUGUAAAACCUUGGUGGAUGGGUACUUUCUCAUUUACUUUGAUGAGUACAGCAUCAUGGACUUUGGAUUUGAAUUUGAGUCCAGGAUUCUGUCCCUAUCAUCCUGCUUUAGAUUUGGAUGAUAUUUACAAUACUAGAUUCUUGAUCGGAAAGUACUUUGAAAAAGCUGAACACUCUAUUACAACAAUUUCAUGGUAAAAUUCAGUUAAAUUUCCAACUGAAAACUAUCCAAAGGAAGCCACAGGUUUACGUAAAUACAUUGAAUCUAAUAAUGAAUUUGAAAGAUGGAUUGAAAUUGUUAAAUUGAAUGAAACAAGCUAUUAAUUAACAAACAUCAACUUAGAUUAAAGUCCAGCAACUCAAUGGGCUGUCUAUGUAUCAGUCCUCAUCUCAAUAUUAACAGCCUUCUUUUUAAUGUUGGGAGUACUUUACAUGAUAAAUUCAGUUUACAAAUAAAUUCUAGAGUAGGUCGCUGCAACCAAUAAAUAUAGUGGUAUUGAAAAAAAGAAUGAUGCUGAUGGAGCCUAACCUUUAAUGAAAAUUGCUCCAGAAAAGGAAGAUAAAGAUGACAAAAAGAAGGAUGAUGGUUCUGAUAAAAAAGAUGAUACAGACAAAAAGAAAUAAUCUUCAUAAGAUAUGGAAAUUGUUUUAAACAUGAAUUUAGGUAGAUUACUAUUUCAAUUGUUUGUUUUGGCCCCUCCUCUAUCAGCCUUCAUAGAUUAUCUAUGUGUAUUGAUAAGCAAAAAGUACAUCAACUCAGCUGAGGAAUUCUAUACUCACUUGUUUUAAAAGAAAUAAAAAAGUAAUACAGAUUCAGAAUUACAUAAUUUGACAACAGAGUCAAUUCUAGGAAAUGAGAUGAAAACAUUGUAUGAAAAGUUUUGUUUCCUCAAUGGUUUCCUUGAGUAAAAGUUGGAUGACGAGAAGAAUCUCAAAUUACUCAAGCAAAAGGGCUUUAAGAUUACCCUUAAGGAAGAUGCCCAAACUGAAUCUUACAUUAGAGUACUUCUUAAUGGUAUGAUGCCUAAAUUACCAGUAAUCACACCAGAUAAAAAUCCAUUAGAAUUAUUUAUCAACAAUUGUUGUAAAUUAACUAACUUCGAGGAGGACAACAUUGUUGUGCAAACCUUCAACGAAUAAUAUUAGGAAUUUUGUGUUUUGAAUCAUUUACCCUAUGAACAACCAUCAGCUUCAGAAUUACAAAAGAGUUACAAUAUCACCAGCAAAUAUAUUCCAUAACAGUGGGUUGAAAGAGAUGAGGAAGAAGUCCAUAAAGAGGAUGAUGCUCCUCCUUCAUUUAUGAUGAAAGUGCAGAACUGCUUAACAGAUUGCCUUAAGAAAUGUCUACCAGAAUAAUAGACCUACAUUAUUAACAGAUAGAAGAUGUAGAAUCACUAUUCGUUGAUUUUGAAUAAUCCUGAAUUGAUAAAAACUUAGGCUGAAUUAGCAGAAGCAAAUAGAGAACUUAUUCUGUUUGGAGGAUGGUGGAUGGUUGAUUUCUUCACAGUACUGGCUCACUUCAUAACAACAGUUAUUUUAAUUAUUCCUCUUUUCUCGUUUACAAUCUUAGAAAAAAUAUUAUAUGCUCAAUACUCUCUGAUUCCAAUCUAAUAUUUGAUUACCUUAGAGGAUAUAUUAUAGAACUAUUGGGUUGUGCCAUUAAAGUUAUAUAACGAAAGUACUUGGAUUAAGAAUGUCUUAAUUUUGGUUGGUAUCUAUUGGGUCUAUUCAAUUAUUGAUUUGCUCUACUAUUACAUCUCAAUGUAAUUCCCAUAGGAAAACUUCUUUAGAAAGGUGUCCCCUAAGACAGCAAAUAGAAUUCAACUGAUUUUCAGACAAAUUAUGUGGGCAUUGGUAUUGUAUUCAGCAUAUCAAUUAUGUGUUUUUAUCACUCUGGCAUUGGUAUGGUUACUCUUAGGUGCUAUUGUGAAUCCCACUGCAUUUUUGCCAUAUGCAACUGCAGCUGCAACCUUCAUUACAGUCGUCAGUUCAAAGGCUGCUCAAUUCAAGGAGAUAGCAACUGAUGGAUUUGAAACUGUUAUAGCAUACGUGUAGAAGAUUGCCAAAGAUCAAAUGGGCGGUAUGAUUGCUAAGAUGGACUUAAAAGGUAAGAUGCACGACAUGAUGGACAGUGACGCAUUCAAGUCUGUGGCAGGAUAAGCUGCCAGUUUGGGAUUGGUUGAUUAGAGCACUCUUGCUCACAUUGAAGAGAAUGCUGAUGCUUUAUUAAGUAAUCCAGACAAGGCUUUAGAGGCUGCAUCCAAUGCUGCCAGUGAGUUGUAGGCAAUAGCAGCAAAUCCUUAAGCUUUCGUUGCCAAAAUGAUGAAGGAGUUGGAGGAGAAGGCCAUUUAGAUGUUGAAGGAGUAGAUGGCGAAAUAGAUUGAAGGAUAUGGAUAAGAAUUAGCUAAUAUUGCUUUGGCUCUUUUUAAGAAGGAUAAAAACAUGUUCAAAAAUAAUCUCACUUAGUUAAUUUACACUGCAGCGAACACUUUGAAACUUGAUAGUCUUAAGAAGAUUGGUCAACCAAUAAUGUCUUUUGUUUGGGAAUUUGCUUAUCCCAGUGGAAACACAGCUCAGAUGAGUCCAGAAGACUAUUUGGAAGCAUUGAUACAACCAUGUGCAGAAUGCUUUGCUUAAUUGAUUCAAUAAGAGAGUGCCAUCUUAUUCCAAGAUUAGGAUAUGUAGAUGUUUGAGCCAAGAAUAUUGUCCUUGGUUUUAAAGAAGGCUAUUUCAUUACAAAAGCAUUUAUAAUAAGAAAACUUCUUGGGAGUUUUUAAUGAUCUAGAUUAAAUCAUCAAAUAAUUGAAGGAUGAACCGUAAUUCACUUAAAUUAAGUACUUGUCAAAGUAUUCAGGAUUGUUGAAGAUUGCCAUGUCACUUUUCGAAGGUAGAAAGGGUAAUUAAAUUACUUUCCACAAAAUAUUCGGAAUUAUUUCAGGUUUCUUUGAUGAAAUUCCAUAGUUGAAGGACAUGAAAGAUUUAUUGGGUUUGAUUGAAUUGUUAGUUAACUCAUUCAAUAAAUAACACAAGGCAUUACCAACCAAAUUGGUUAGAUAAAGAAUAUCAAAGGCAUUAGAUGUUAUUAAUGGUAUGAUUAAAGGUAGAAAGUCUAAUAUGGAUAAAAUAUUGGAAAAUCCCUCUUUAAUAACUUUGUUGUUUAAUUUCAUGUAGCAUAACUUUGAGAAGAUUCCAAAGGAAGUGAUUAGAGAUGUUUUUAAAUUUAUUUUUGAGAAUUUCCAUGAUGAGAGUGUGAAAUCAAUUAGAGAUUUGGUAGUCAGUGAAAGAGAAUUCAAAAAGCUUAUUCCAUUAAUGACAGGCGUUUUUGAAAUGGUUAGUCUGUUCAUGGAAGAUUCUAGAGAAUUGACUUCAAAUUUGCAUUUAUAAGCAAAUGCAUUCUCUAUUGAUGAGAAGAAAGCUCAAUAAUUAUAAGCCGUUGCUUCUAUAAAAUAUUACAAGUAUACUACUUAUGAAGGUUCAGAGAAUGAGGAGAAACUCUUUGAAAAGUUGCAAACCAAUCCAUUAUUGAUGAACUUGGCUACCUCUUUGAGAUUGGAUACCAAGACAUUGCUUGCCAUCAUAGCUGUGCUUCUAUAAUUGUACUCCAAAUAGGGCUUGUAAGACUUGUUUUAGAUUAUUUCUAAAAUCCAUAAGACUGAAGUCAAUAGAGUUAAACAGUUCUUUUCACUCUUGAUCUUAUUCAAAUGCAACAAUGCAACUCAUUUAUCUAAUGCAUGUGUAGACCUAGAUAUACCUAGGGAAUACGUUAUAUUGGUAUUAUUGGGAAAGAAAGUGCUCGACAUUGCAUAUGCAGAUGAAAGCAACUUGGAGAAAUUGGGAGCUAGUAAUGAAACCAUAGAUGCUAUUAAAAGUCCUGACUUUGAACUCAAGGCAUGGAUGCAAAAACUCAAAAAGGAUGUGGUUGCCAAAGAGGAUAACUCAGUUCAGGGAGGAAACUCUGGCAGAUUGAAGACCUUUUUAAUUGAAACUAUAUCAGAUCCUGCUUGUUAAAUUACAGCUUAAAAGGUAAAGGAUAUUCUAAUGGACGUCGGAAACAAUAACAACCAGUUUGCUCAAAUCACUUAAAGAGAAAUCGAUUUACUCACCAACAUCUUAUUGUUGAAGAAUAUUGAUUUGUUCACUUCUCCAUAAGCAUUAACUAGUGACACCAAGUAAAGUGUAUAUGCAUUUGCAUCAAUUUUGAAUGUUAACAAGUAAUUCUUUGAAGAUUUCAUCAACAUUAUCUUUUUGACUAAUUCAGAUAGAGUAAUUCAAUCUAUUCAAAAUUCCCAGCCUAAAAUUGAUUCAACUAAGGGUGAUGAAUUCAUUUCAAAAGAGAAUCAAAAAGAUUAUGAGAGUUAUUUGGAAUUCAUGUAUUCUAAGAUGGAAAUGAUCCAAAAGAAACAUCAAUUCAUUUAUUCCAAAAUGUAAAACUUAUUCCCCAUGAUCAAAUUGCCAUUGCCAUUAAUUGAAAAGUUGUUAUUCAAUAAGGAUAAAGGAAUGGAUGUAAAUUCCUUUUAUUAAUUGGCUUACUUGAUCAUCGAGAAAGAUGAGAAUGGAAAAUUACCAAAGGGAACACUCAAUUAAUUGAAUAAAUCAGUUUCAUUUUUGACAUCCACUUUAAAUAGUCAAAAUGCUAAGGAUUUGAAGUAGGCUUUGGAUAAGAAAGACUUAAAUGAUGGGUAGGUGUUGGUCAUUUAAAUGCUUAAUGAAAAUUCAAAGUAGAGAUCCAUUACAUUGUUAUUGAAUUUCUUGAUUCAAAAUAGCAAGAGAAGUAAGAACGAUGAGAAAAGACCACUUCCAUAGAUUUAUCACAUUUUCGCUUGUCUUUAUCUCUACUUCACAGGGUAAUGGUGUGAUUUAACAUUGACAUUCGAGGAUCUAGAAACAAAGCAAAUCCAGAAAUAAAAUAUUUUGUAAUAUUUGACUAAAAAAUUGGACAUCAAAUAGGAAUUCUUUGAAGCAAUUCAUACAUUCUUUUUGAAUGACAAUCAGAAGUUCACAUAAACAAUGGUUAAAUUUAUGAGAAGAUAAUAAGCAUGUAAAUUCGAGAAGGAGAACCCAGGAAUUAAGAUACCAUUGUAAUCUUUGGUUAAAAUUCCUGAUCAAUUUGUCUUGAACUUUAUCAAUCUGAUCACAGGUCAAGGAUAUCAAACUUCAUUCUUCUCUAAAGAACUCUCCAUGGAUUCUGGAGUAGUUGAAAUGAUCAGUACAUUAACAACCAUCAAAAAUGCUAAGGUGUCUUCAUAGAGAAUACAAAAUUAUCAAUACUUGUCAACAUCCUCUAAAAAGUUGGGACCAUUGCUAGAUAAAGUUGGAGUAAAGGGAGAUGAAUUUGUGUUGAUUUUGUAGAUAAUCUUCCAAGAUUAUGAAAUAAAUAAUAUUUAGGCUUUGAUAAAUGGAUUGAAAUUGGAGUAGAAAUUAAAAGUUUAGGGAGUUUAAAAUUUAUUGCAAUUAGAUAAAACUGUAUCCAAUUAUGACAAAGAUUGGUUGAAGCAGAUUUCGUCAAUAAAGGACAAUUAAUUAAUCAAAGACAUGAAAGUUAAUCCUGAAAUAGCAGUAAUGACUAAAGGGUUGGUUAGAGGAAAGUAUACAGGAUUGGAAGCAUACAUUAAGAAGCUUCCCCAAUUUGAUUACGCUUAAUGUGAUGGUAGAGCUGAGUACUUUGGAUUAUUGUAAGGUUUGAUAGGUUGCAUAAGUGGCCCAAUCCCAGACUAGUUUAAUGUGAAGGGAUUCUUGGCUAAUCUUUACAAAUUACUGGAAGACCCUAAAACUAAGGAUAUUCCUUAGGAAUUGACUCCAACAAACAAUUCAGUCGAAUAUGCCAUUUAUAAAUUGGUUUAGAUAAUUCAGAUUGAUCCAAUAGUGUUAAUGCUUACUCAAGGAAUGAUUCCUGCUUGGAGAUUGAUUUAAGAGACUUACAUCAAUGAGGAAAAGAAAUGGAUAAACCCAGUUUUGGUCUUGUCCACCUUUUUGACAUUCUAAGCUAUUCCAACACUGUUGAAAGAAAUGUUUGGAGAGGUUGAGUGGUUUAGAUAAAUGGAUGAACUAUUUUAGAAGAUUUAUUACAAUGACUAAGUAGAAGUGCCAGAUUUUGAGCCUUUUUGGGGUGAACCUGAUUGGAUCUAAGAGUAGGAAGAAUGCAUUGAAGAAGUAAAGAAGAAGCUCUUCUCCGACACUAUUGACUCAAUUGAGGAAUUAUAAGAUAUGGUGGAUAUAUGCAAUUUCAAUCCACAAGUCAUUUCAUUUUUGAAUAUUGGCAAAAAUGAUAUCAAAAAUGCCUAAUUGGAUGUAUUGGCAGAUUCAGUGGAGAUGUAUGGAAACUUAACUGGUGAUGAUGAUUUAUUAGGAAUUGCAAAUAUAAUUAGAAAUACACCAUCAACUGAUCCACAAUUCAAUAGAAUUUCUUAUGAUCAAGCUGUGGAAAUGUUGAAAGACGAUCCUGAAGAAUAGCAAAAAUUAAAAGCCUUAUAUCCUUUGAUAUUGUAUCAAUAAAUGAUUAAGGUUUAUCAAGAAACUUGCUCAUUGUUCAUUGAUCCAAGAAGAAACAUGGAAUAGAAAGUGUUGACUGAUUCAUGGAUAAUGAAAGAUAUUGAAUGUUAAUAGACUCCUAUUUUUACAAUGGGAAUUACCUCUACUUUAGCCAGCUUGAGAAGAUCAUUUUGGAAUCCUCAUGAGAAUCAAUAGCCUAGAGAUGAAGAGCAUUAUAAAAUCACUGUCCAAUAGAUAGACUUCAUCUUGACUUCAGUCGAAAGAAUGUACUAUUUCAAGAAUUUCACAGACUAUUUCUCAAAAACAAAGGCAGCCAUACUGAUAGGAUUGUCUUGUGGAUUUGCAAUUUCUGCUGAAAAUAUGAUUUCAGCCAAUUGUACUGCUAGUUUGGUCACUUAUUAAAGAGCCUUGAAACAUAAAUCCUUACAAGCAAACCAAUAACAAAAGGUGUUACACAAGUUUGACUUCUUAAAGGAUCUAAUUGAAAAGAGAUAGGAGGAAUAUUGUUCUAUGUAAAAUAGAUUCUUUAAGUCCUAUCAAUUUAAUAAAAUACUCAAGUAUGGCUUAGAUAUUAUUUCAGAGCCUGAAAAUUAUCUUAAGUUCUCAAUUCAAAAUAUCGAAACUACGCCAGAUUAAGGUAUCAAUUGGGAUGACUACUUCUUUGAUAUCGGAUUCUUACAAGGCAGUUCUCAAAUAACUAAAUGGAUUAGGGCAGAAGGUGUUGAUAAAAAGGUCAGUGCAUAAACUCGAUUACCCAUUUUGAAAGAGAGACUUAAAUAAUUGAUGGACAAAGAAAUUCACGAAUAACAAGACGCUAUGAAAAAGGCAUGGGUCAAUUAACAAAAGUUAAACAUUGAUCCGAAAUAGAAUUCUUCUCAGGAACCUACCUUAGAAGAAGCAGUGCUUGAAGUUGUAGAUGUGAGAACUGGUAAGAAGUGGCUAAGUGUUUUGAGUUCAUAGGAACAAUGGUCAUAAGCAUGUUAUCAAUACAAUGACAAUAUAAGAUUAUUAAUUGAUAUUUGGAAAGGCAAUUACUAAUCAAUAAUUGAACCAGAUACCUAUUUCACAGAUGAGGAACCUGCUGCUGCCAUGGCAUAUUAUGGAUUAGCUGCUUUGUCUGGAGCCUUUUAUAAGGUUAAGAAUGGAUGGAAAUAAAACACUCCUCAAUAGUUAUCAGCCUAUUUAAAUGCUUGUUGUUGGAAUACUUCAUCAAAUAAGAAGAAUUUGCAAGAAAUUUUAUCAGUCUUCUUGAAAUCUUUCGAAGGAUUCACAGUGUUGGCUCAAUCAUUGCAAUAGAAUGUCUAAUUGGUUAACAGCUUUGUUAAUUUGUCUAUGUAAUUAUAUGAGACUGACAUUCAAUAAUCUGAAGAUCAAUUGACUUUGAUCAAAUCAAUGAAUCUCUCCUCUAAUGACACUGAAGUCUUGAAUUCAUUGAUAGAUGCCUAUUUGGGCAAAAUGGAUGUAUAUUAUCAAUUGGCUGAUUACUCCCAAGUCAUUAAUCCUAACACUGCUACCAAAUUUAAGCCAGUCUAGAUGAAUAAUCUAAUUAAAAAAAAGAGAGGAGAUGCAUAGACAUAACAGAAAUAGGAGCAAUAAUUAAAUGAACAAAAGAAAGCAGAAGAUACUAAACCUGAAGAGAUUAAAUAAAAUCCCCCAGAAGAACAAUAAAAAUAAUAAUAACAAUAAUAAUAAGGAAAUGGAUAGAAUCAAGGCCCAGUUCCACCUGAAUUAUAAAAUGCUUAAUCAAAAGAAUAAAAAUAGAAGAAAGCACCUGAAAGGAAAGGAAAAUCUAAAUUAUAAUCUUCAUUUGGUAGUUCUGGAGAUAGAUACUUUUCAAUCAAAACAAUUUUGUUAAAACUACUUUAUGGAUUUGACCAAUCAUAAUUACAUUAAAUAGAGAAGAUUGAUGCCGUUAGAUUUGAUUUUAGCAAAUAUUCAGCCCUAUCUUCUGAUCCAAAAAAGACAGAGGAAUACUUUGUAUUGUUGUUAUGGUAAUUGGCCUAAGCAAUCACCAAAGAAACAUUGCCCAAUGACCUUAGAUUACCAAUCCUAACUGAUUUUGAAAUAGGAUAAUCAAACGAUUUAGCAAAUGAAUACAAGAAUAAUCUGACAACCAUAAGAUUAAUCACCUAAUUCAUAAUAUAGAUAGUAAAUGACGAUUAUUCAUUCUUUUUCUAAAAAGAUGAUGAUGUCUCUGUGGUUUUGCAAAAACUGUCCUUUACUAAAGAGGAUCCUCAAGUGGAAUUGCAAUUCCUAAGAGCCAUGAUAGGUUUGAAAUCCAAUAAGAUGAUGCUUAUUUAAAAUAAACGAGCACUUCAAAAGAAUAAACGAAAUAGUCAAAAUGCAAAUAAACCUGAAUUGUAACUUGAUAUUCAAAAACAAGUUGAAAAUUUAAUUGAAUCCAAAAUUAUUAAUAUUAAACUUGAGAAUAAGAGUGACUAAGAGAAUGAAGAUCUUUCAAAGAACAUUGCUCUAUUAUUUUUAGCAAUAUCAAGUGGUAACAUUGAGAAAAUGUACACGGCUAUUUUACCACAUGAUUCCAUGAGUGCUGGAUUCAUUUUGACUAUGUUCAUGUGGAAAAACAUAUCCACUAUUAUUGGUAAUGAAGAAUUCUUAAAGCCAGAUAAUGCUAUGAGAAUCAUCCCACCUUUACAAUUAUUGCCAUUGUUGAUCUAUUCUUAAAUUAAUGAACAAUAAGAUAAGAAGAAUGGAACUCUCAGAAAUAACCAAAGAUAAAAGGUUAUUACAUCCUUCCAAAUAAUCUUAAAUGCAAUUAAAAAGAAAUAAAACAAACCUGGACAUAGUGACCAGGAAUUCUACAACAAAAUCGAAAAAAUGUCGUAAAGCAGAAAAAAUCAAUCUUUUUCAUGGAGUUUAUGGCUAUUGAAAAUGCCUGAUUUCUUGAGAGUUUAAACAUAAAUUCAAAUGGAAAUGGAAAAGGAAGUAGACAAAUCAAAGAAAACAGCAUUUUCAAGGAGAGAAUGUGAUUUCAUAUUCAAAAUUAUGACAGGAUCAUACUUUGUUGAAAAGAUUGAGUAAGUUAAAUUCAUUGGUCCCAUCUUUAACUUGUAUAAGAUUUGUAAUCAAAUCAUUAACUAUCCUGAAACUGUAAAAAUCUAGAAUAUUGAUUUCAAAAAGAUUAUUCCAAAUACAAUAAUUACAAUAAGUGAUUAUGUACCAGAUGCUAUCAGAACCUAUUUAGGUGUAUUCGACAAGUUUGUUUAAUUGUUUGUUUUCAUCUAAAUACCAGAGAGAUCAUUGAAAGCAAUGAAGGACUCUUCGGACAAGUUAGAAUAAUAAAAAAAUUUAGUUGGAUCUCAAGUUCACUCUUAAAGAGAUGAAGAAGAGUAGGAUUAUGAAGAUGAAGACGAAGAUAGAGAUGAUGAAGUAGAUGAAGAUGAUGAUGAACAGGAGGAUGAAGAUGAAGAUGAUGAAGAAGCAAAUGAUAAUGAAGAAAAAAAAUAAUAGGAUGAUGCUCCUGCUGAUGGAUUAGCUUAGAUUACUGAGACUAUUAAUGAGUUCAUUUUAGAUGUGUUAGGAUAGACUGUUAAUUCCCUAUGGUUAAGCUUUAAGGAAGAAAAUAGGUAGUCUUUAAGUGAUUAAAUCGAUAAACUCAACAAAGAGAUCAAUGAAAAGAAAGCAAACCAAUUAAGAUAAGAUUAAUCUAAAAGAUUAAGCACCAACCUCCCCCUUUUAGGCCAAGGAUAAUUGUUGUAACCACAGAUAUAACAAGGAUAAUAACUACCCAUGCAAUAACAAUUAGGAGGACCUAUUGUGGGACAAACUUAAAUAGUAAUGUAAUAAUAAAUAACAAUGCAAUCAUAAAUCCAACAAUAAAUUCCUUUGUAAUAGUAAAUACCUUUGUAAUAAUAAAUACCCUUAUAAUAAUAAUUACCCUUGCAAUAGUUAAACCAACAAAUGGGAAAUUAAUAACAAAUUAUGCCACCUUUGGCUAUGGUUCCCUAAGGAUACAAUUUCUAAGAAAAAGCAAAGAAAUUGUCAGAGUUGUAAGUUUAGUUGACUAAGAUUGAUGAACAAUCGACUUAAGUGAAACGAUUAAUAUCUGGUAUCAUUUUAUUGCUGACUGGAUACAAUAUUGAUGAUUUGAAAGCUUAAAAUGAUGGUGAGAAGAAACUUCAGGUUUUGUGUUUCAUUAUUGAUUCAGUUCUCUUUAAGAAUCUCAAUCUAUUGCAAUACGUGAACACAGUGAUUAUUAGAGAACUAUUCUAAGAAAUACAGAAUAUCAACAAUUGCCCAUUGAAGUCCAUUACUAAUUAAGACUUUUUAUUCCAAAUUGAAUCCUUAUUGUACACCUUGACUGGUCAAGAUCCUAGCAAUGAGGUUAAGGAUAAGAAAUAAAAGGGUGGAGUUGUUUAAUAGAAGGAGAAGCAAGCAUCAAAGUCUGAUCAAUGGACUAUUGUAUUACCUAAACGAGCUAAAAUAAUUGAAUUACCUAUGGGAGUGAUCAAAUGCAUCUUUGGAUUGGCUAGUUACAAUUUCGAAUAUGUACCUAAAUUGUUGAAGGAAUUGUCAGUUAGUGACAGUGCAAUAAAGAUUGUUGAAUAAAUUAUUAAGUAAGUUUAAGAAAUGGGAGUAUUCGGAGGUAAAUAGUUGAGCAUUGGUGGAGGACAGUAAGAUUCAAAGAAAGCCAAAGAAAUAUAGGAAUUGAUGAAGAAGAUUCAAGAGGGAACAGCCACCAAUCAAGAUAUGUUUAAAGCUAUUGAUGAGGAUGGAACUAAAACUAUCAGUAAGUCAGAAUAUGGAACACUAGCAAAGAGAUUAGGUAUGAAUCUGUCUGAGCACAGAAUCAAUGAAAUCUUUGCUAACAUCAAGAAGGGUUCUUCUUCAGCCAAUUAAGAUUCAUUAAAUGAAAAAGAAUUUGACUAAGCUAUGAAAUAUCUAUAACAGAAGAACACAGACAUGGCUUUAGAUUUUCUGGGAAUUUCUCCAGGAUUAUUAACAAUGCUCUUAAUACAAGGAGCAAUCAUCCUAUUGUUGAUAUUUAUCUUUAUCUUCUUGGGAAUUCAGGCCUUUGCUCUUGGUGGUACAUUUGGUGCAGUAGUUAACAGUAUUCUACCAAUGGCUGCUGGAGGUGGAGCAGGAAGCAAGGCGGAGAAAGUUAGUGAAAAGAAAGGAGAUGAUGAUUAAAUUGGAGACUCUGUUGAUAAAACCCAAAAGAUCAUCUAAUCAGAUACAAUUUGA